AUGAAGAAAUAUUUGGAUGCUACCAGUACAAAGCUCAGUAGGGCUUUGCAGAAAACAAAUGAAGUCAUAGGAAGAGCUGAAACGACAGAAUUCGAUGAGGAUUUUGUCUCACUAUUAAAGCAAGCAGAAUCCACACAUGAAGCAUCCAAGCACAUUAUGGGGGCCAUCGAGCAGUGGAUCAACCCAUGUGUCUUAAAAAAGUUCGAUGAUAUCGCUUGCAAAGUAGAAAGUAUGGUCACAGAUAAUAAAAGUUAUUGGCUAAAGGUUCCUGCAAAGUUACCUGCCGAACAUCUUGGAGACACACUACUCAACGCAGCUGUUGGUGUCGGAGCUGGUACUGCAUAUGGUGCAGCAUUGUCACAAUGUGGUGAGUACAGCCGUCAAAUAGCUGCAGCUGAAAGUCAAAGGAAUGCGAUACUAGAAAAGAAAACAUUAUGUGUAUUACAUCAUUUUUUGGCACUAGAAUGGCCUGAGAUACAAAAAGAACUUAGUCAUUUGGAGUCGUAUCGUUUGGAUUAUGAUAAAUUAAGAAGUAAAGUGAAGCAUAAUGAACAUCCAGAUCCUGAAGUAAACCUUAUUCUAGACUUGUUUUUUGUCUUUCUAAAAUAGGCAGUCAUAAAUUUAUAAUGACAGAUUGAGUUAUCUUACUAUAAAUAAUUUAUAAAAGAUAUUUAAUUACUUUUGAAAUUCCAUAUGAAAACAUAGUUUCCUUUGAUUGUUAUGGUUUGUUAAUUAAAACAUUAGUUCAUUAUCAGUCAGAGGGAUAUGUUAACACCCUAUAUAACUAAUCUAUCAUCUACACACCAAUUAAUUCACUAAUCACAUGCUAAAAUAUGCAUAGCUCAUAUAUACAUGAUUUUAAGGCACUUGUUUGAUAUAUGUUGUAUAGAUUUCACCAGUCAUAUGAUUAACAGUAACUUGGUUUUUCUUUAUAAUUCGUUAUAAGGAUAAAACGAAUUAGUCGUUCAGUUGUUUUAUUUUACAAAAAUACAAAUAUUCCAGUAACAUGAAACAUUACUAAAUAUAUCAAUGUGCACUCGACUUUGACAAAAAUGGAAGACGCUAAAACCGUUCUUUAUAAACAACUAGAAAAAACUAGAGCUAAACUACAGCAGGUCAAGUCGGUAAAUAAACUAUGAAUUUCCUUGUUUCCGCGUCAAAGGCGCUCUUGUCACUUUCAUGUUGUAUUUCCCACUGGGAAAUAUCUUAAAUGCUAUUGGUCCGUUGCGUCUUUUAGUAUGCUAUUUGGUAACUCUCCCCAAGGACGGUUUUGCACUGUAAAUAUACGUUUUGAAUUGUGUUUGUUGUUAUCGCUCGUUUCUGGCUGUUUUGCAGAAUAUACUUCCCAUUCCAAGCUUGGACUUCUCCCUCUAGUUAGUGGGGCUGGGACGCAUCAAAUAGCUAGCUUACUGGUCUUUGGUCACCGAGUCUUGUUUCUCGUUUGCAGAUUAGGUGAACUCGUGUUAGCUUCAAACCUAGCACAAACUGAGAACACUUUUUUUUACUUGUAAUUAUCAAUUUAAUAAAGUUGUCCCUAGAUUGUUAUUACAGAGCUGAUUUGAACAAAAU